AGCCAAACCCAAGGAAAACUUACUCGGUGAUGUCAACAUCAUGAUACAAUUUAAAGCUCAAAGAGGAGUUUGGUGACAGCUUCACACUGCUGCUCAUAAGAGACUGAUUUGGGGAGCGGGAGCGAUGGAGCCACGCACCGCCAAACGAGAACUCCAUCAGAGGGUGUUUGUGAACCGGAGUUUGACACUUGAAAACAUCAAGUGCUAUGGCUUCGACAUGGAUUACACUUUGGCAGUGUAUAAGUCUCCAGCGUAUGAGAGCCUGGGCUUUGAGCUGCUCAGGGACAGGCUGGUGUCAAUCGGAUACCCACACGAGCUGCUGGGCUAUACGUACGACCCCACCUUCCCCACGCGAGGCCUGGUGUACGAUACCACGUAUGGUAACCUGUUGAAAAUAGACUCCAAUGGAAACAUCCUGGUGUGCACUCACGGCUUUGAGUACCUGAGAGGUGCACAGGUUGAUGAGUAUUAUCCAAACAAGUUCAUCCAGAGGGACGACACCGACCGUUUUUAUGUCCUUAACACACUCUUCAACCUAUCAGAGACCUAUCUGUAUGCGUGUCUGGUUGACUUCUUCACCAAAAGCUCCAGAUACAAAAAUUGGAAGAAAGGGUUCAAACACGGUGACUUGUUCAUGUCACACAGAAGCAUGUUUCAGGACGUGAGGGACGCCAUGGAUUACCUUCAUGACACGGGCAUUCUGAAGGAAAGAACAUUGAAGAACCUGGAAAAAUAUGUGAUUAAAGAUCCUCGUCUUCCUGUGUUACUGAGCCGCAUCAAAGAGGUCGCCAAACUGUUUCUGGCCACCAACAGCGAGUUCAGUUACACUGAGGCUAUUAUGAAAUACUUACUGGAAUUUCCGUCCGGCUCUAAGAACCCUACGAAACCGUGGCGCUCGUACUUUGAUCUGGUGGUGGUGGACACGAGGAAGCCUUUGUUCUUUGCAGGGGGGACAGUGUUACGACAGGUAGACACGGACACUGGGAAGCUGCGUAUCGGCACAUACACUGGAGACCUUCAGCAUGGGACGGUGUAUUCUGGAGGAUCUUCUGAUAUUGUCUGUGAUUUGCUGGAUGUUAGGGGGAAAGACAUCCUCUAUGUGGGCGAUCACAUCUUUGGCGAUAUUCUCAAGUCAAAGAAACGUCAAGGGUGGAAGACCUUCCUGGUGGUUCCCGAGCUCGUGAAGGAGCUGCACGUGUGGGCCGACAAAGCCACUAUGUUUGAGGAGUUGAAACAUCUUGAUAUCUUCCUAGCAGAAUUAUAUCAGCAUUUGGACAGUGGAAGUCAAGAGUGCCCAGAUAUUAGUGCAAUUCAGGAAAGGAUAAAGAUGUUGACGUACGGCAUGGAUCUGUGCUAUGGGAAAAUGGGCAGUCUUUUACGCUGUGGUUCCACAAAAACCCUCUUUGCCAGUCAGUUACUGCGCUAUGCGGAUAUAUACUCUACCUCCUGCCUCAACCUCCUAAACUACCCCUUCAGCUACCUCUUCAGAGCCCCUCUUGUCCUGCUGCCACAUGAGGCCGCUGUGGAGUCUCAGGCUAAAGAGCACAUAACAGAGCUGUCAGAGCACAUGCUCAAAACCAACAUCAAGCGGCAAUGUGAGUGUGAAGACGGUGAUUGCGGACAAGAGGAUAACUGUGCCCGAAAUAACCCAGCUACAUCUACAGAGACAUAAAGACGGAUUUUGAUUCUUUUUUAACUGCUGUAAAUAUGAACUUUUUAUCUAGUGUGCAUGUUUUACUUCGACAGUUUCCAUUCCUGCCUUAAAACUGUGUUUUGAUACACAGUGCUUGUGUGGUUGAUUUGCAGUAUUAGUUCUGACUUGAGUAUAAUUCCACUUAAAAGGAAAAGUUUGCCAAGUUUUUUUUGUGAUGUCUUGUUCAUGUUGUGUUGUUAUUUGUAAAGCAGGUCUAAAAUCUUUAUUUAACCAUUUUAUAAAACUUUUAUAUUCUGUGUAUUUAAUUAAGACAACUACUAUUUUGUAUGUCACGAAUGCAUGAAAACUAAAGAAUUGGGUUGUGUGAUUUUUGAGGUCUCGUUGGUCAAAUGUUUAUUUGUAUGUUUAUCUUCACAUGUGACUGAAUAAGUUAAAUUAGGACGUAAGUUUUAAAACAGUUUCUAUAUUUUGCCUCUACAACUGAUUUAAUAUAUUUAUGUAUUUACGAUUUUUCAUAAGCAUAUUGAAAUAUUAAAAUGCUUUAUUUUAGA